AUUGAGCCUUUUUAGAGCUAAAGUUACCUCUAAUGGCUGCAUAGAGCUAAUUCAAGCUAUUUAGGCUUUGUUCCGUUUAGAUAUGUUUUUUUCCAAAUCCAACUGCAGUAUAAAUUACUGUCAUGUGGAUGAACAAUAUAUUUUUCGGAUUGUGAUGACAUAUGAGUUUGUAGAAACACAAAAUGGAAAUAUUUUCUGGUUGUGUCUGAAAUAUAGUGCAGGAAUUUCCCAGUUGAAUUUAAGCAGCAAAUAUCACAUUAUUUCACUUAAAAGUACCUUCAGUGUUGUGUUCAUUUCACUGUGAUGGUGCGCUGGAAAUUCAAGUUUGCGUAUAAGUGUUGUCCCGUAUAGAGUUAAACAGCCAGGAAUGUGUGACGUAAUUAGAAAAAUCCAGAUUUACUUUCUCCACUCUCAGACCUUAACAUUGCCCCACUGCAGUCAUGCCAGGAGCAGUGACGUUUCCCAGCCUGCCACAGGGGGUGACCAUGGCCUCACUCGCCAGACGCCUCAGUCCACCAGCUUUGCCCCAUAACAUCCCCGUGCCCUCCCUGCCCAGUUUACCCAGUAUGCCGCGAGGGCUGUUGCUACGCAGGACAGCCACCAUGCCAAACGUUUCCAAUGCUGAGUGGAGGAUGGUGCGAGAGUGCUUUGGCGUGUUGGACCACCAGCCUUCUUCAGGUCUCUGUGGCUGCUGCUGGGCGCUGCGUCCACGCUUCAAGCGACUUGUUGACAACAUUUUUCCAGAAGACCCAGAGGAUGGUCUGGUGCAGGCCAACAUGGAGAAGUUGACCUUUUUUGCGCUCUCUGCACCAGAAAAGUUGGACCGAAUUGCCGCCUAUCUGUCCGAGCGCCUUACCAGGGAACUGAACCGCCACCGUUACGGAUACGUAUGUAUUGCCAUGGAGGCCAUGGAGCAGCUGCUGCUGGCAUGUCACUGUCAGAGCAUCAACCUGCUGGUGGAGAGUUUCCUGAGCACUCUCCGACUGCUGCUGGAGGCAGACAAGCCACACUUGCACAUCCUGGCUACCAAUUCUUUUGUGAAGUUUGCCAACAUCGAGGAGGACACACCAUCCUAUCAUCGCAGCUACGACUUCUUUGUGUCUCGCUUCAGUCAAAUGUGUCAUUCCAAACAUGAGGACAUUGACGUGCAGAACAGAACUCGUGUGUCAGGUAUCAAAGGACUGCAGGGCGUGGUGAGGAAGACGGUGGACGAUGAGCUGCAGGUGAACAUCUGGGAGCCUUGUCACAUGGAGCAGAUUGUUCCAGCCCUGCUUGUGAACUUGGAGCAGCACACACAUGCAGAGAGUAGCGGGUCUCCAGCUGAGCAGACUGAAGUGUGUUUCAGGGAACUGUUUAGCCGAGCUGCUUAUGGACACAUUAACAACGCCAUCCGGCCGGUGCUGAUGCAUCUGGAUGUUCACAAUCUUUGGGAAGGCAGAACCUUUGCAGUGCGAUGUUUCCAGAUCAUCAUGUUCUCCAUCCAGUCUCAGCACUCUCAUCUCGUGAUUCAGCAGCUUCUGGGCCAUUUGGAUGCCAACAGUCGAAGUUCUGCUUCGGUGCGAGCUGGCAUUGUGGAGGUUCUGUCGGAAGCUGCCAUCAUAGAAGCUACUGGAUCAGUAGGACCUACAGUUUUGGAGGUUUUCAACACGCUACUGCGUCAGCUCCGCCAGAGUGUGGACUAUCAGCUGACUGGUUACCAUGACAGUGCAGGACAACUGCGGACCAGCAGUGAGGGAGAGGAGCUUGUACAGGAAGUGGUCAUUCGCACCAUUGGGUCAUUCGCCAACAUGCUGCCUGUAUAUCAAAGGUCGGAGGUCAUGCUGUUCAUCAUGGGAAAGAUCCCUGUUCCUGGUAUCUACCCUGCUCUGGGCUCACCCACUACUGGGUUCGAAGGCAGCCGCAUGAUUCAGGUGAUGCUACUCAAGUCUCUGCUGCAGGUUUCCCAGCGUUAUGAAAACAGUAACCUGUUGGUGGCGCUGCCAUCCUCCUUCCUGCAGCCACUACUCUCCUUCACCCUGAUGGAAGAUCCUGAGAUACGGCUGCUGGUUCUUUUCAUUCUCACGUCACUUAUUGACCGUCACCGUAACAGACAUACCCUGAGCUUCAGCGUCGGGCUCACUGCAUCCUCAUUGAAAAUGAAGGAAGACCACAGCUCACGCCAGGAUGUGUUAUUCAUGAGGAAGCACGCUCAGCAUCUGUACAGACACAUCUAUCUGGCGUGUAAGGAGGAGAACAACGCUCAGAGUCACUACGAGGCUCUUUUCACCUUACUGGCUGUCAUCACUGUGGAACUGUGCAAUGAUGAGGUUCUUGUUGACCUGAUCCGAGUGGUCCUUGCACUCCAGGAGCUGGCUCUGUCCAAACAGGAGGGUUUCUCAACACUCAACCGCUGCGGUGUGCACGCGCUUUGUGCUGCUUUCUUCCGCCUCCUGGCUCAACUAGGUCCCCCACCUCCAUUCCAGCACUACAUCAGACAGGUGAUUGACACCCGAAAGGGGAACUCUCCUUACCUUCUCCCUGAUGUCUUCAGUGACUCCACCAAACUUCCUGAGGAAGAGCUGAAGGUGGACGAGGCAUGCUUGUUCGUCCAAACACAGAUCUGUGAGGCUUUGGCAGGAAGUAGUUAUCACACCCACGUGGAGCGGUUCAACAUCCUGUACACACCUCAGCUCACAGACGAUGAACGUCUGACGAAGAGGAAGAGUGUUGGGGACAUUGUGUCUUUGCAGCUGGACCCACAGAUAUCACCACAACUCCCUCGGAAACCUCAGAUGGAGCAGAUAACGUUUGAGACACUGAAGAAUGCAAUUGACAACAGAGAAAGUGAGGAAGAAGAAGUGAGGAAGCGACGGAAGCUGGUGGAGAAGUUUCAAACCGCACCGUUUGAAGAGAUUGCUGCUGAGUGUGGGGCCAGGGCGUCCCUGCUUCAGUCCAAACUGGAUCAUGUGUUCGAGCUCAUCAUCUGCCCGCCGCCAUCCCCAUCGGGCACCGUGCUGUCGCGUUCCACGCCAUUGCAUGAAAUGAAGUUCCCUGAUCUAUGUGUCUACUAGUGAUGAUUCCUGGUAUCGUGUUGUCACCAGUAUACUAUAUAUAUAUAUAUAUAUAUUCCUCCAUAUAUAUUCCAAUGAAGAAUAAAGGAUUAUAUUAGACUUAAUUCAAUUUGUUAUGUUACAUGUGGAUUGAUCGAUUGAUCAAUUGAUCGAUUGAUGCCUGUUGGUUGAAUAAUGAUGAGGAGGUUUUUAGACGGGGAGUAGGUGGAUCUAUGCCUAUUGAUAAUGCUUAAACAAUACUGCUGUAAAACACAGGCUUCCUCACUUGCUUCUGAUAAUUUUACUUUUAAUCUACAUACAUUUACAUGCUUUGAUAUCAAAUAUCACCCGACCGCCACGUCUGCUCCACUGCUUCACUUUCACUCGAUGUCUUUAUUGAUGACAUUCUUGAAGAGUGUGAGCAGUGGUCUCUGACUGGGCGCGUCCCAGCUCUUCAUGAAUCCACCAUAGCGCUUCUCUGCGGGCGGAGCACCGAGGUGGUCUGCUCUGGGUGGGCCGUGGUAACGUUUAGUGGGCAGAGCCCCCCCCCAGCGGAAGAGUUUCAUUUUAUAUGUGCUGUCUUCCUUCUCCUGGUCAUCAUUCAGCAGCCGUUGCUCCUCUUCCUCCAACUCUUCGUCCCCUGCCAUGGCUGCCGCUGCUAGCAGCUCUCCAGCCAGAUCCCGCCUCCUCAUCUCUCGUGGGAAAACCUCAGUUGACUCCUCCUCCACGGCGUUGGAGGUGUACACUUUGACUGGCCGGCGUUUUUUGCCCAUAGGCUUCCCCCAACGAAAGUGCUCCAUGGAGUACGAGCGCUUCGUUUGAGGGGUAAGGAAUGGUGGAGGCGGGUCUUGCAUGUGGGCAUCACCAGGGAUGAUGGGCAUCUCCUCAGGGAGCGAGUGACACAGCUUCAGGCACUGCUGCAGGAGAAAUGAUUGUUUCCAUAGUCAUUCUAAUACGUAAACUUGAACUGCGCCAGCACACAUGCUGGUGUAAGAUUUAAACAAAUACUUGGAUGUCACAUCUUAGACGUUUAAAUUGAAUCUCACCAUGAUGCUGCUCUCAGAAUUCAGCUCCUGGCAGCUGGGAUCUUCCCAACACUUGCUGGCCCCUCUGGCCACGCCAACCACCAGCGCAGCCACGAACAACCACACUGUGCACAUCCUCCUUAAAAUCACAGACGGUAUGUUACUAUCACAGCUCAAGUACGACCCAUAAGCAGAGACAUUGAAACAAGGGCUGAGACUUGAUUGGAAUUAAAUCUUUUCAUAAUUCAUGAAUCUUUAUUAAACUGAUUUUAAUAUUCAUACUGAUUCGGAGUUAAAUCUGUACGCAUGAGUGUAAACAUCAGAGUGGAGGUGCUCCAGUGAUGCGUGAACUCUUUGAUGCAGAACAGCAUUGUUUGUGCUUUUAUCCUUUUUUUUAAACUUAGACUUUUCAAUGUAUUAUUCAUUAAAUUACAUUCCAUUUCAUUGUCAUUAGAUGUGUGUAUUAGAUGUACAAGGACAUGCAGUCUGGUGGUCCAUGUCCUGAGGUUUGUCUCAAAUGGAGACGGCGGGCCGGAGUGCAAACAGUUCAUCAGAAGGAUGGCGUGUGCUCAGUGGCGGCAGUAUUUCCUUUUUGUAAUCUCAUUCAGUAUCCUUCACCAUGGAGGUUUUGACAACACAUCAUUAUAUAUUGUUGUGCACCUGGAACUGGUGACUCAAAAACAAAGUUUCACUUGUUCACUGUGUUAUUUUGAUGGGCUGUGUUUGUCGGAUAUUAAUUGAUUAAAAUGA